GAAGCGUGCCGCUGGGUUGUCCUUGUCGUAGUUGAUUCAGCCUUUAUUUGCGGAUAUAUCAGUCAUGUAGUUACGAGAUAAUGCAUGGGAUGUUAUUUCCUUUUAUCUUCGAAGCGCUCUUUGUUUGUUCAUCCAUUUGGAAUAAAGGAAGCCGACCUUUGAACAGUGCGUGCCGUUGGUAUACCUUUGUGUUGCUGAAACUCGACCACACAAAGAGUUCUAUUUUCAUCCGUUUCAUCUUCCCAUUUUCUCUUUAAACACAUCGUUUCAAUCCAACUCAAUACAUCCGAGUGUACUCCAUGCAAGCUGAGUCUCCUACCCUCAUACUUCAACAUAAACUAACGAUUUUCUACAAAUUCUAUUUAAAUUCGAUAAAGCAAUAAUGUCCAACCAAAACCACCGUCCCUCUCGCUCACCACCCCGUCUCCGAAUCAACCCACCCUCGCCUCAAUCCUUCUACUCGCCCUCCCCACUCUUCACCCCGUCAACUCUCACUUCUUCCGCAGCCUCAAUCAAGACGCCAAAAGCAACCACCACGACUACCACACCAAUCACUCCUACAAAUAAUAUCACUACAAUAAACCUAGACACUGUCAUCGCCCACCUCCGCACAACCCUCCACCCCCUCGUCUCUGCCACGACCGGUCUCCAGCACCCUUAUUUCCCGAGAACUCUCCUCUCGUAUCAUCUCUUGACAUCCGCCCAACUGGAUGAAUUAGCAAGGCAUUAUCAUCAAGUCACCCCGCCUGUUCCGGGGACAUUUAGUUACCCGGUGAAUAUUCCUGCUUGGGUCGAUGCUCAUGCCCAUCCUCAUGGAAAUGAAUAUAUGAUGGACGAGGUCAAUCUAAAAACUAAGAGAAGACGCUUUGGAAGAUUUAUUGGCCUACGCGGCUGUGAAUCUCCCAUCCAGCUCCGGGUCGAGGUAGACAGCGAGAGUGGAAUUGAGAGUGGGAACGAGGACGCGGAAAUAGAAGAAGCGAUGGCGAGGAUUGAGCGGGAGUGGGAGGAGGCAUUGCUGAGGGCUGCGAGGGAGGAUGGUGAUGGGUUUAGGAUGAAGUGGUAGCUGUUAUGCAAUUUCUGUAUUUUUCUGACCUGAAGUCUGGCUUCUCGCAU